AUGCAAGCUCGUCCAGUGUACUCUUACAUAAGUGCUCACUAUCAAUCCAAUGAUUUUUUGACUGAGAGAGACUUCAAUCCUGAAUCUGAUGCAGUACGUCUUUCCUUGCUUAAGCUUAAGACCAGUAUCGAGCAUCCUUGCGAAGUCUUCAACUUUAUUGUUACAACCCCCAGCUCAAAUGGACUUCAUUCACAUGCUGAACGCGGCCUGUACGGACGUAUUCGAUCCGCUUCAUCUUUUACUGGUCUCGGAAGGAGAUACCGAGGUACUAUCGUGAUUCUUUCUGCUCGUGUCUAUUUGUCACGUUUUUCAGUGAUGUGAGUGAGUAAGUAAGUUGUACUAGUAAUGCACUUCCUAAGGUAAGUAUCUAACUACAGUCAGGCUUUGCGUGACUUUUACCUGCAAAAACUUCGUCUCCUCCAGGAUCACGCCCGCCUCUCGCACCUGCAGCCCCCGGAGUACCGCACCUAUCUCAUCUUUAAGGGCCUUUCAAAAAAAUCCAUGGAUGCUCAUAAGUGUCUCUUUUUAUUGGUUUGCUUAUGGGACUUCAUUAGAUGAAGCAUCAAUCAAACUCAUAUGGAGGCGUGAGCUGGAUGGAUUGCAGUUUAUGCUAUCUCUAAUACUGUGUGUUCGCCAGUCGAUCGAGCAGUUCUGGGACUGCAGACGCAAGGACUUCCUCAAUGUAUUGUCUCAGUAUUGAAGUUGAAUCUGAAGAGUUCUCCUCGCAUCUAAGUAGGAGGCUUAUUUUGGAAAAGCCUCACUACUUGGCAUUCCAGAUUUCUUUUCUCUCUUGAACCCAAUUCCCACCCGCAUAGGCUUUGGCGGAGCGUGACGUCAUUGACAGCUCGGCGAUCGAUGUUGUUCUGGAGGCCAAUUUUGAUCCCGUUAUUGCGAAGUCGAUCUUCAAGGCGCCAACGUUGGGCAAGGGAGCAGCAGGUGAAAAAGCAAACGAACAAAAUGAAAAACGUGCCGCCCCAGAAGAAGACGACGACGCACUUUUUAUUUUGUUUUCUCAUAGACUUUUGAACCGUAGCAGUAGCAGGAGUUGACUGCAGAUUAUGCGUGUUGUUAUUGUCAUGUUAGGAAAUCGAGUGCAGCUACCUUCGUCAGACUUUCCUUUCAACGCUUUUUAUCAGAUCAUCUUGCACGAAUACGACUGGGCAUUCGAUGAAACCCUUCACCCUUAUGAUGGAAAAGCAGUAGCGUUAUUCUUAUUGUCACUUGCUUGAGUAAGUAGAAGCAUCUACUUACGCUUGACCUUGAGCACUUACAAGCACCUCUCCCCUCCUUUUAUCCUCUAACACUCUUUCCCGCCUGGAGAUCACUAUCAAACCGGCAAGAAAAUCUCUCCGCCGAACUUCAAGAUCGUGACGAUGACCGAGCUCGAGCGCAGUACUAGCCUUUUAGUUUUUCUCAUCGUACUUUCUUAACUCUGAGUUGAUUUCGUCUAUUGUAAAGCACUCUCUCACGCCAUGACUCCCAUGCAUUUUUAUACUCUCCCAAAAAUUACAUACAGCUGUCAAGGGCAUCCAGGCUGGCCGUCCAGUUUUCUGGUAUGGCGAUUAUUCGAAAAUUGGCGCACAGGGAGAGCGAGACUCAUGCGAACCUCGCAUGCCGCUUCUAACGCAGAAAGCCACGCGCCACUUCGCCGACGGGGUGAGGAUCAUGAAUCAGACCUCGAGCAACCCCUUGCACUUCAUCACCAUGGGCAACAUCGAGCACAACGAAGACGUGGUCAAACAGGUCAACAAGAUCAGCGCGACCAAGCGCCGGGGAACCAUGAUCGCUUCCGACGAGUUAUGCUCAUGUUCUAAAUAAGUCUUUUUGUCCUUUCUGGAGCUGCAUGAUGCUUGUAGAUCGUUUGACAGUAGGCAUGGUCUUUUUUAGUCAGAUGACCUUUGCCCGGAGACGUCUUGCCAUCUUACUCUCUAAUGUGCAGCUACAAGGGAGGAGUGCACCAGACGCAUCCGAAUGCGGUCUUGUUCGAGCCGUUCUUUAUGGCUGGUUUUCGAGGAGUGAGUGUGAAAGUGUGGGUGUAAGUACUUACUGCUGUUUUUAUAUGGGGCUAGAAACGAGGUCGUUAUCAUGCACUUACGUGUUCAAAUAUUGGCUACAGACAACACGGCGCUUUUCUAACAUAAGCACCAGUUUGAACGACCUUCCGAAAACUCUGCGCUACGACUUGGCAGACCAUCGCUUCAAGCUGCUCCAGCGCCAUCCGCUGGAUUUGAAGGCUGUACUACUUAUUUUGCAGGCAAAGGCAACUAGCUUUCCUCAUUCUUGAAUUUUCACGGUAUACUCUUGAAGGCUAGCAUUUGUAUUGUUCUCAAUCGUUGCCCCUCUGAAAUUCAAGCAUGUCGAUGUCUUUUUUUACUUUCUUUUCCAUUCUCAUCUUCGUUUCACUAUACUCACCCCACUAUGGCUACUCAGGUCGAGGACAAUGGAUGUCCGAAGGAUGAAAAAGAUUUCCCGAUCAAGUACAUUCCGAACUUCACCCACAACGGGGAGCCGGUCGAGGAGUACACUUAUGGGCGUGUAAGUAAGUAAAUACUUGUUCGUCGCUUUUCUCCCUCGGUGUUGCUUCCUCGUUUCUGUUCUAUAAGCGACCAUCGUCGACGACGUGACUACGCCUUUUGCUACCCAUCGCCGUCUUCUAAUUCUUUCUUUGGUUCACUCGUCACCGCGGAUGGGAACUGUUCAAACAGCUGAAGACAGCGGUCUUGGCAUCGACCAAGCAGGUGGCGCCGGUGGUCGUAGACUUCUGCUUUUUAUGGCCUCAAGGGCAGUAGACUCAAAUUAAGUAAUUCCUUUGUAUCCGGCUACUUUAAGCCUAGUAACAUUCUCAAACGCAAACGAAAGCACUAGCUUUGGCUUCUUAUUCAUUGCGCACUCCUCUAACAUGGGAUGAGGUGAUGGCCACAUUUUGUAUCUACAUGCGAUGGGAUUAUAUCUGCGUUGCGCAAACGAAGGCGCACGAACUGGUGAAGAAGUCCAAUGUUAUGGACAUUGAGUAACCUUUUUAACUAGUGACUCGCACUCGUUUUAGUUUGAUACGUUCCUCCUCUCAUCAUCAGCCGAGUACUUGCUCGAGGCACAGCUUGAAGUAGGGCCAGCGUUUGUUAUAAGUAGAUUGUUUGAUUGAUAUUCUCCACAGAAGCUGCUGCUGCUCCUCUUUCAUGAAGAUGAAGCACGUCUGGUGGUGGGGAAAAACUUACCAUUUAAGGCUGCGGUCUCUUUCUGACUGAGACACAAAAGUUGAGAACGCCGAGGUCGAUGGUUAGCAUGGAAUUCAUGUAGCCCAUGCGCAUCCCUUAGGGUUCUCAUCUUUGCGAAGUGAUUCUCAGUUAGUUUCGACCUUCAUUAUUCGUACCGUUGGAACGCGUAUCCGAACCGCAUGUGUGGCAGGCCGAGUACGUGAAAUACAGCAAGGAUAACAUCCAUCCCUUCGGCGUGCGUAUCGUGCAUGACUUCAUGUUAUGGCAGCGCUUUACUAUACUAGAUUUUUCACCACUCAAAAAACUGAAUCCCUCGUCUCACUCUCUAAUCCGAACCUACAACUGGAAGCGCAACACGCCGGGUGACAAGCCAAGCCGCUGCAAGAACGCGGCUACAGCCAUCACAGCCAAGCGCCGACGCAUGGUCGAGCAUGAAGCGGAAGAUGCAACGGGUGCACUCAGCGAGGAGCUGGACAAGAUGCGAGCCCAAUCCGCAACUGACUCGGACGCGGCCUCGCACAUCGACGCGGCUGCAGGUGCGCAGUAA